AUGAGAAUUGUUCAAGCAUUCUGUAAUUCAACUGUUCAUAAACAAUGGAAAUCAGAAGCUGGAAUUAUUGUUGAUGAUUAUUUUGUUGAUACAGACGUGAAACAUUCUACAGCUGAGAUACUAAAGGCAACUCAACCUAUUGCUGGAUUAAUAGUGGAGUCUAUGAGACCAGAUGUUCUGGUUUGGGAAAAGAUGCAAGAUUGGAAUAUAACAACAAGUGGAAACCUUCCCUACCUUUUGUCAUAUGAUGCAAGGUAUUCAAUCAACUUUGACGUUUUACAAGGAGUAUAUAAAACAGUGCGUUUAUGUGAGUAUGCUGCAAGAGCUUAUCAAGGUCCAGAAUUGUUAGAAAAGAAACGAGAACUCCAUACACUUCCCAUACCACCUUAUACAGAUAAAGCAGAUAUAUUUCUUGUAGGAAGCUUAUUAGACACGAUGUCUCUAUUACUCUCAGCUGAAGAACUAAGACUUUAUUCACAGUUGAAGUGUAACAAUCCUGAUGAAUGUCUCUCUGCUGCAGUUGUUUUGAAACACCAAUGGUUUGAUGAUAUAAGAGACAGUAGUCUCAUUCCAAUACUUCAUUAUAGUAUAUAUUCAAUAAAUUGGUGGACUUUUAUUGAUAGAAAAAUUCUCAAUGAAGAGAAACAAAUAUGUAUACCUAUAAGACUAAAUAUGAGAGUUCAAUUAGAAUUUAACAAAACCAAAUUUAUUAUCCGUAUUGUUAGUGCAGAAGAUGGCAUUAAACCAGGCUAUAUCUGUGAAUCUGAUGUAGCUGCAAAAGUUUACCUUUCCGCUUUAGAAGCUAUAAAUAAAACUUACAACAAUUCUUCAGUUUUAGGAUUUGAUAAUGAAAAUGUUACUCAAGAACUAUUAUCUGAUAUAGGUAUAGCCAGACUGCCUUAG